UGUUGUAGUCGUGCGCAAGAAGCGUAUAUACCGAUACACAUACAUCAUCAUAAACUUUUAACCGAAAAGAAACGUGAUCAUUUUGCGGGCCUUUUGCCGACGUUGAUUUUGUGGGUGGUUUUUGACUUUCGGUGUUUUGUUUUUGGUGUUCCGUUUCUCGAUAUACACAACACGAAUAUACACACACACUUUUUUGCCGCCUCUCCGUUAGUUUUGGUGUUUGGUUUUGAAUUAUGCUGGUGCGUCAACACAAAUUUUGGUUCAAAAACAUUUGUUUUUUAAGAAUCAAAAUGGUGGAGGAUUGACGAGUGUGGUGCGACGUAACGAAAACCGCCAAGAUGCCUUCCCCACAACUCGGUGCCUUGACAUGCCUUCAAUGUGUAACAAUCGUGCUUUAUAUGUGUGUAAAUUUAGUGUACGGAUGGCUUCCAGACACCACGUCCAAGUUACAAAAUAGCUAUAAGCAAUUGCAAAGUAUUAACAGCUUCGUUGGUACCAACAAUGCCACCGACCACUUCAUUGUCUUGCAUCAAGACGACACUUCCAUAUUGCUGGGCGGCAGGAACAAAAUCUACAACCUGUCCAUCUACGAUCUGGCCGAAAGGAGGGACUCCAAUUUGUUUUGGAACUCGUCGGAGCCCCACGCCCAGCUGUGCCUGUUGAAGGGCAAGACGGAGGAGGACUGCCAGAACUACAUCAGGAUCUUCUUCCAGACCAGUCCGGGGACUUACUUGGUCUGCGGCACCAACUCCUACAAGCCAUACUGUCGGUACUACGUUCGAAAGAAUGGCAGUUUCAUCAUGGAGAAAGACUUCGAGGGCAUAGGUUUGUGUCCCUAUGAUCCAGAGCACAACAGUACCGCCAUCUGGGCCAACGACCAUUUGUUUUCGGCCACCGUAGCCGACUUUUCUGGAGGAGACCCUCUCAUCUACAGGGAUCCACUCCGCACAGAACUGUCUGAUCUCAAACAACUGAACGCUCCCAAUUUUGUCAGUUCUUUGACGUAUGGCGACUACAUCUACUUCUUCUAUAGAGAAACCGCCGUGGAAUACAUGAACUGCGGCAAAGUAAUUUACUCGAGGGUGGCGAGGGUGUGCAAAGACGACAAAGGCGGCCCUCACCAGUCCAGAAAUCACUGGACCACCUUCCUCAAGGCCCGACUGAACUGUUCUGUCCCAGGGGAAUACCCAUUCUACUUCGACGAAAUACAAUCAACAAGCGAAGUGAUUGAAGGCAACUACGGCCUGGAAGGUAAAUCCAAAAUCGUCUACGGGGCCUUAACGACCCCCAACAACGCCAUCGGAGGCUCGGCCAUCUGUAUGUACCAAAUGGCGGACAUCUAUAAGGUGUUCCAAGGUCCAUUCAAGCACCAGGAGAACAUCAACUCGAACUGGCUGCCGGUACCACCCAGCAAAGUUCCCAGCCCCAGGCCCGGCGAAUGCGUGGCUGACAGCCGACUUUUGCACGACAAGAACGUCAACUUCAUCAAGACCCAUUCGCUAAUGGAAGAGGCAGUACCUGCUAUGUUUGGUAGGCCUAUACUGAUCAAAGUCAGCCUGUCAUAUCGGUUUACGACUGUUACUGUGGAUCCUCAAGUGCCAACCAUUCAAAAUGAGUUCUUCGACGUUGUGUAUAUUGGAACAGAUGACGGAAAGGUAAUUAAGGUUGUCAAUAUACCGGGUCAGGAAUCAGCCAAGGCCUUCGUUAUAUCCGAAAACGACGUCUUCCCCCACGGAGUGGCCGUGAAACAGUUAAAGAUUGCCCCGGGUUACGGGAAAGUAGUAGCUGUGAGCAAAGGAGAGGUUAAACUGAUCAGUUUAAAUCACUGCGGAAACGUCAACAAGUGCAGUGAGUGCGUCGAAUUGAGAGACCCCCACUGCGCCUGGGACAGGAAACAUGACGCGUGUGUCAGCGUGGACGCAGCUACGACCAGGAGAUACCUGAUACAAGAUGUGAGACAAGGCGACGUAUCCUGGUGUAUGCAGCAGAAGACGCAAAAUAAAGUUGUGAUUACGACUGAGAACGACUUCAAAGAAUUCGACACGAACUCAGACACGAAGAUCAUUGAACAAAGAGAUCCUCUGUUAAGUGACAAGGAAAUCCAGGACGAUUGCAACGAAGUUGAUGGCGAUAGCAAUAAAAUUAGGGGUUGUGCGGUACAGAACAGACUUAACAUGUACACGCCCGAGUACUUGCACAUAUUUGUGGGCGCCGGCAGUUUGGCGGGGUUGUUUGUGGGGUUUCUGUGUGGGUAUUUUGUAUCGCGGCGAUUUCACCAUCCGCCUCAAUACCCCAAUUCAUCGUAUAUUGAACAACAUAAUCAUUUAGAAAGACAGAGGCCGAAAGAUGUUAAUCUAGUCCUUAAUGUCGGAAAUGAUACUUUGCCCCCGAAAAAGGACAAUUUGGGCUCGACCAAGAAUCUGAACAUAACUAGUGAGGGAACACUACAGAAAAUCAAGAAGACUUAUAUUUGAGUAAGGUAACAAGUUCUAAUUGAUAUAAGUACCUGCUAUUACAGACUGUAUUAUAUCCCGAGAUGUCCGUCAAAUUUGUUCGAAAAAAAACCUACAGAUCAUUGUGUAUUUAUUUGACGAUAUGUCGAGAUUAAUUAAUGUAUUUAUUUUUCUUACAUCCGUACUAGAUUUAAUGCUGUACACUAGUAUACAGGACUGAGCAUUAAAUAAAUGCAAAAGCAUUGGAAGGAGUACGUUUUUUUUCGAAUGAAUUUGACAUUUAUGCGUUGUCAGGACUGUCUCCUAUGGAUUUUAUCUAUAAAGGUUUAUUAUGUUUGUAUUAUAGCAAAAUGUAUUUUGCUCAAUGUAAAUUUUAAAUAUAAUUUUCAGUAUCAAAGAGAUCAAUUAUAUUAAUUAUACUACUUAGUUUUGUCGUUUAAAAUGGGCAAAACUUGUGCGCAGCUAUUAGUACUCAAAGUAUGAGGCACAUACUACUUCCUUAGGAUCUGGUCUCUUGUAUACCCUCCUUGUACAUUUUUAUUUUAGUAUUAUAUUAGAAUAUAUAGAAUUUAAUAUUUUUAUUGUGAUAUAGAAUGGUAGGCUUAAUUGACUUAACAAGCCUGAAGAAUAUGACAGUGAGCCCUUCUUGACUUAACAGUUUACUUAAGAAAUUAUUGCUUUGUAACAAUUCCACCAAUAACAGAUUCUUCUUUUAUUAAAAUUAUUGAUGAAAUCGUUAUAACUUGAUGUGCAAUACUUUUUUAAGUAAACCAGAUGACUCAAGGACGACUCCAAUUUAGAUGAAUCAGUAACAAUAUUGGUUUGAAUCUUUAAUAAUUUUAAGGCCCAUGCACAACAUUCAACUGAAUCUAUUAUUACUAAUUCGUCUUAUCUUUUGAAGAUGCAUUUUCAAUAACACUAUAAUAUUUCAACAUAAUCUGAUCUCAUUUUAUAUUUAUAUUAAAUAUUACCUUUUAUCCACCCUCACUUAACUUUGAAAAUCCAUCUUCAACUUAAUACUGAAACACUGAAAAUGUCAUUAAUGUAAAUCUGUACACACGUACUAAAUUUCAACAUAGAAAUACCACUUUAUUAGUUUAUAUUUAAUUUUUAAUUGUACUGUUAGAUGUCGAAUUUUAAAAAAUCCUCAUAUUUUUGUAUUUGUAUAAAAUUGUAAAUAUACAUAAAACACAUUUUUUAAAUAAAUUUAUUGAUUGUAUGAAAACAAUUGAUUUAAUUCAUAGGAUUAUCAGCCAAAUGAUCUAAAGGUAAGAUAUUGAUAAAAUAAACACUAAGGCUGCACACAAUUAGUUUCUUAUAAGUGAUGGCAAAUAUAUAUAUAUAUAUUCGUACUGAUUAUUUUUUGUAUUUGUUUUAUGGUUUUUGAAAUAAAAUUGAUACAAAAAAUGGUCACAUUCAAUAAACGAUUGUUGGGACACUUCAAGGAAGGUUUUUCUGUCUUGUUGGUACUUGUUUAGCUAUUAUUGUAAUGUCUCAAAUUAUUUUAAUAUAUAAUACACAGUUUUACGUUAAAUUUAAAGUAAAAUCGUGUAUAAAAUGUAUAUAGUAUCGAUGUGUUAAAAAGCGUUCUAUUUUAACAAUUUCUAAUUGCUAAUUUGUUUUGGCUGUGAACUAUCUGAAAUGAAAAGUUGCCUUUAUCCUGUAGAAUCUUGAUAAGUUUUGAUACAAAUGAAUCGUUUAAGUAAACAGAGGAAUUUCACAUUCCACAAAUAUUUUGUAAUGAUUGUGCCUCAAUAAAUGUUUUAACAAACGUAA